GACCUUUUGACGCGUGCCUAGGACGGGGGGGGCGCGGCCGGGACCCCGCGGACGCAGGACGGGCGGAGGGAACUGGCACCCGACGGCCCGGGGAGGGGGCUGCGUUCCCUCGGGCCGCCGCUGCCAGGGCCGCGGAGGUCGGGCGGCCGCGGGGACCCACACCCGGAAGCCCGCGCGCAGUCCGCGGAGGGCCGGCGGCCUGUGGGCAGUGAGAGACCCGGGUCCCCCGGGGCUGGCGCGGGACGCGGCCCUCACGCCGCCCCGCAGCUGACCCGCCGGCUGCGCCUGCCUUCCCCAGCGUGCCCCGCUGCAGAGCAAAAAGAUUUUCCGGCCCUGCUGAGCCCGCCGGAUCAGUCAGGAAAUGACUUAGAGGCCUUACAAAUACAUCUGUGCAUUCUUGCUUCAUACUUUACAGUCGAGGGCCAACCCAGUCUGGAAGCACCUCUUAUUAAUGUUACAAGGAAACCGCUACCUCAGCCAAACAAAAGGAAAAGAAGAGAAGACAUGCAAUAACAAAUGCAAGUUUUAAAGAAAAGUUGUUUUCAGAAAACGUUAGAGGAAAUUUGGAAAUUUUUAACAUUAAGAAUCAGCUUUGCAAGUAUAUGGAUUUGGCAGGCAGGCUCUGUCAAAAUUCUGCAGAGGUUUCAUCUUCCUUCUUAAGGACUCAGUGUGAAGUAAUUCUGUACUGCUUUUUAAAUUGCUGUUGAUCAGCAUGUGGGUUUUGGGUUUUAAUUUUUCUGGUAUAUUGAAGACACAUUAUCUUGCAUUAUAAUACCCUAUAUUACAUUUUUAAAACUUAAGUUAUUUUUCUGCCAUUGUAAAUAGAGGUAUCAAAAUAUUCUUGCAAGCAAUUAUAGGUAAACAUUUUUCUUAGCAAACGUAUCUUUUUAUUAAGAGAGUGGAAUGCAAAACAGUUCCUACACAGCAGUUUGGAUACACAUUUAUUUUCUGCCAAUACUGAAAACAUUAAUUAUAUAAACCUGUUGUCCUUUUCACAUCUACUUUGGAUCUCAUGGUCACCUGCCUCAUGGAAAUGCCUUUUUUAAAGAGUAGGUUUGCAGAACUCCACUAUUUUUAUACCUAGCCACAGUUUUGGAAAAAAGACUCAGAGCCCUGAGCCACACACAGCCUCUGGGACAACUUUCCCUCCCGCAUGUAUUGCUGCAGUGCCCAGGACAGUAAAAUGGACUACAAACGGCGCUUCCUGCUUGGCGGGUCCAAGCAGAAGGUGCAGCAGCACCAGCAGUACCCAAUGCCUGAGCUGGGCCGAGCACUGAGUGCUCCCCUGGCAUCUACGGCCACCACUGCCCCCUUGGGCAGUCUGACUGCUGCAGGCAGCUGCCACCAUGCCAUGUCCCACUCCACCCCCAUCGCUGACAUCCAGCAGGGCAUCUCCAAGUACCUGGAUGCCCUCAAUGUCUUCUGCCGUGCCAGUACUUUCCUCACGGACCUCUUCAGCACUGUGUUCAGGAAUUCUCACUAUUCCAAGGCAGCCAUGCAACUCAAAGACGUACAGGAGCACGUCAUGGAAGCAGCCAGCCGACUGACCUCGGCCAUAAAGCCCGAGAUCGCCAAGAUGCUGAUGGAACUUAGUGCCGGUGCUGCAAACUUUACAGAUCAGAAGGAAUUCAGUCUCCAGGACAUUGAGGUGUUGGGACGAUGUUUCUUGACAGUGGUGCAAGUCCAUUUCCAGUUUUUGACCCAGGCACUACAGAAGGUCCAACCAGUGGCCCAUUCUUGCUUUGCUGAGGUUGUUGUGCCAGAAAAAAAGAACAGCAGCAGUGGCAGCAGCUUAUCUGGCAUGAGCCACACACCUGAACUGGAGGAAGCUGUGCGAUCGUGGCGGGGGGCUGCUGAGGCGACAUCUAGACUUAGAGAAAGAGGCUGUGAUGGCCGCCUGGCAGGAAUUGAAGUUCAACAGCUCUUCUGUUCUCAAAGUGCAGCAAUUCCUGAGCACCAGCUUAAAGAACUGAACAUUAAGAUCGACAGUGCUUUGCAAGCAUAUAAAAUAGCUCUGGAUAGCUUAGGCCACUGUGAAUAUGCAAUGAAAGCUGGCUUCCACCUGAAUCCAAAGGCAAUUGAAGCAAGUUUGCAGGGCUGCUGCAGCGAGGUGGAAGCCCAGCAGACGGGGCGGAGGCAGACACCUCCGCAGCCCAUGCAGUGUGAGCUCCCCACCGUUCCUGUGCAGAUAGGAUCGCACUUCCUGAAGGGCGUCUCCUUUAACGAGUCGGCCGCCGACAAUCUGAAACUUAAGACGCAUACGAUGUUACAGCUGAUCAAGGAGGCAGGCUGCUAUAAUGGAAUCACACCCAGGGACGAUCUUCCUGUGACUGAAGUCCUGAACCAGGUUUGCCCAUCCACAUGGCGAGGUGCCUGCAAGACUGCUGUGCAGCUACUGUUUGGCCAGGCUGGGCUGGUGGUGGUUGACACAGCACAGAUUGAAAAUAAAGAAGCCUAUGCCCCCCAAAUCAGUUUAGAAGGCUCCAGGAUUGUGGUUCAAGUUCCAUCUACAUGGUGCCUGAAAGAAGAUCCUGCUACCAUGUCCCUGCUGCAGAGAAGCCUCGACCCCGAGAAGACCCUGGGUUUGGUGGACGUGCUCUACACAGCCGUGCUGGAUGUGAACCGCUGGAGGGCAGGGAGGGAGCAAGCUUUACCCUGUAUUCAGAUCCAACUUCAAAGAGAGAUCUGUGACUUUGGGAAUCAGACUGACCUGCCAUCUGGAAAUGGAAACAAAUCUUCAGGUGGCCUGCAGAAGACAUUCUCCAAACUGACAUCCCGGUUCACCAAGAAAGCUUCAUGCACCAGCUCUAGCAGCAGCACAAAUUAUUCCAUCCCAAAUACCCCUUCCAAAAACAUCUUCAUAGCAGGAUGUUCAGAAGAGAAGGCCAAAGUGCCUGGUAACAUUGAUACAAGGUUACAGAGCAUUUUGAACAUUGGUAAUUUCCCUAGGACUACAGACCCUUCACAGUCAGCCCAGAACUCCAGUAAUCAGAUGGUGAAUGGUUUUCUCAUGGAGAGGCAUGAGAACUGCCUGCAUGGGGAUGAUGGCAAGGAUGAGAAGGGUAUGAACUUACCCACUGAUCAGGAAAUGCAGGAGGUGAUAGAUUUUCUCUCCGGCUUUAACAUGGGCCAGUCCCAUCAAGGUUCCCCAUUGGUGACAAGACGUAAUUCUGUUGUCACAGCCAUGGUGACUGAACAAAAGGCAGGAGCCAUGCAGCCACCACUGCCAGUGCCCCCUCCACUGCGCCCUCCCCAUGCUGGGGUACACACGCCGCUGACACCUCAGCCAGGGCUGGCACCUCAGCAGCAGUCCCCAAAACAACAGCAACCCCAAGUCCAAUACUACCAACACCUUCUCCAACCCAUUGGACCUCAGCAGCCCCUGCCUCAGCCUCGCGCACCUGGGAAAUGGGCACAUGGCUCAUCCCAGCAGCCAGCACAGCCCAUUGGAGCGGGUCUGUCACCUCUUGGCCAGUGGCCUGGCAUAUCUGAUCUCAGUUCUGACUUGUACAGUUUGGGUCUGGUGAGCAGCUAUAUGGAUAAUGUGAUGUUGGAGGUUUUGGGCCAGAAGCCGCAGGGACCUAGAAAUAACACCUGGCCAAACCGUGACCAAAGCGAUGGAGUCUUUGGGAUGUUGGGAGAGAUUCUGCCUUUUGAUCCUGCAGUGGGCUCUGACCCAGAGUUUGCACGCUAUGUGGCAGGAGUGAGCCAGGCAAUGCAGCAGAAGCGGCAUGCCCAACAUGGUCGCCGCCUAGGCAACCCGAGGGGCAAUUGGCCGCCCGUGGAUGAUGCCCAUCGGACCUGGCCUUUCCCAGAGUUCUUCACAGAAGGGGAUGCCCUGCAUGGCGGCUGGUCAGGUACACAGGGAGACUCAGCCAGCUCGAGUGACGAGACAUCCUCCGCCAACGGAGACAGCUUGUUCUCCAUGUUCUCAGGUCCUGACCUCGUUGCUGCAGUCAAGCAAAGAAGGAAACACAGCAGUGGAGAGCAAGAGACCAGCACGCUGCCCUCACUGCCUCUUCUUACCACAGUGGAGGACGUGAAUCAGGAUAACAAAACCAAAACGUGGCCACCCAAAGCACCCUGGCAACACCCUUCCCCGCUGCCCAGCACACUGCCCAGCCCAAGCGCACCCCUCUACGCAGUGACCAGCCCCGGCAGCCAGUGGAAUGACACCAUGCAGAUGCUGCAGUCCCCGGUGUGGGCUGCAACCAGUGACUGCAGCGCCGCCUCCUUCACCUACGUGCAGACCCCACCACAGCCCCCACCUCCACCCGCACACAAGGCAGCACCCAAGGGCUUCAAGGCCUUCCCCGGGAAGGCUGAGCGCAGGCCAGCCUACUUGCCACAGUACUGAUUGGCGGUAGUAUCCCCACCCCAGGGCCAACUAGCUGACACUGGCCCCCCAGAGGACUAGUGCACCCCUGUUCCAGGCAGGGAUCCUGGGGGACAGGAGUGGUUGGCAGCUCCAAGCCUUUAAAGCCUGGCUUCUCAAACUUUGGAGGCAUUAGACCCUUGGAGAGUCUGCUGAGGAUGGAGGUUUGUGACCCUCAGGGGAUGCUUGGGGAUCUGUCUGCUUAAUAAGCACCUCAGGUGAUUCUGAUGCAGGCAGGCCACAGACCAUGUUUUGAGAAACUCAGCUUUAAAAUUUUUAGUCCCACUAUGUGUGUUGGGAAGGCAUCAGGCCUGAAGGCUGAGCGAAACUGACCAUUCUUCUGAAAUCCCCUCCUUGACAUGUUGAGUGAUGACCACACCAAUCACUAUAUUUUAUAGCUAUUUUUCAUACAGGUUUUAGUUAAAACAUCAUCUCCUGCCUAAAAUGCAUUGAUGUUUUAAGAUAACAGAUACUGUGGCUGGAGGUUUUGUUCAACACUAACUUUAUGUAAGAUUAUACAAAAUAGGCAAAUUAUAAAGUAUUUGUGGUCAGAAGCAAUCACCUGGAUUUUCUGGGGGAGAGCAGCCCCUCACCAUCCUGGCAGCACCCAGAGGGUACAGCCUUUGCCAGAUUUACAAAAGCAGGAUCCUAAAGCUGAUGUCAGAGGCAUAUUCCUGAUGGUGAAUGGAGAGAAGCCAGCCAGCUGCUGUCUGCGUGCAGGGCAAACCUGCACCUGCUGCCCCCGGAUACUUGCACAGAUGGCCAGAGGUGUCACCACAGUCCUCAGGGUGUGACCAAGGGCUGCACAGAGACACUUGCACUUGAAAUUGCAGUAACGUUGUGAGCUGGCUCAGAAGACAAACCAAUUAAGAUGUAGAUAGGAAUUAAAGUCUUUUCCUUAAAAAAGAAAAAAAAAACACCACCUCAUUUUCAGUUAACAUGUGCCAUUGAAUAAGUUAACAUCUUGUGGAUUUAGGGAUAUUUCCCAACCAGAACGGAUCCAGAAGAAUUGAAUGGUGCUUAAAUUGAAAAAUAAUAAUAAAUAUAUCUAUAUAGAAUAGACAUAUCCCACUGUAUAUUAACUGAGGUUACAGAAAGUACUUUAUAUGAAACUUAUUUAAAUUUUCAUAUUUCAUCUUUAAAAAAGUCUAAUUGAGAAAAAUCCAUAAUAUUUUCUGGUAUGAAAGUUUGACAGUAUUAAUAUUUUUUUUAUAUUUUCUUAAAUCAUUAAACCAUUUUAAUAUAUGUUAACUACUAAUAAAUGGUUUAUUCUUUCUAACUCCAUAUAAGCUUUUCCAGCAAAGAUUGUAAUAACACAUUUAUGUUCUCAUUUUUCUACAGAUAUAAGUAAAUUUAUAUUUUAAAAUACCAAAAAGAAAAAAUAUAUAUAUGUACACACACACAAAUUCUAGAGGACCCUUAGGGUGUCUGAGCCCAGCCACCUACUUUUAGUCCUGUGUUACUAGGCUGUUUCCAGGCCUCGGGUGUUGUCCUUUGUGCUGUGUGGGGAUGCCAUUGCUGCCUGUUCGUGGGAUACUGUCACCACCGUGGAUUCUGAACAUUCACCUCACCAUGUUUACAGAGAACUGUUUUGUACAUAGACUUUUUCAGGCACGUGCUUUGCGCACAUACACACACACACACACACACACACACACACCCUGUGUGGCUCUUGUCUGUGUUAGCCGUCAGUGUACACACUUAUCUCUGUUGAAGUUGUGGCUGUUUUACUUGUAAGAUAGUUUUCUCUUUCCUUCAGUAAUGUGUCCACAGUACCCUGUAUUUCGAAUUCUAUUAUACUGAAGUACUCUUGUUUUAAUAGUGCCUCCCCACAGACCUCAUCCUGGACAGAGGUCAGUCCUUGAUGCCCCAGCAGAGCUGACAUCCCUGUUGUCACUUUCCAGUUUGUUUUUCUGUAUUAAGGAAGACAUUUUGUAAUUGCAUCUCCAUGGGCUGUGAGACUGUGUGAAGCUGUUUGUGUGGCUUCCAUGUAGGUGCUGUGUUCUCAGCACCGCCUUGCUCUGAACACUGGUAAUUCCAGGUGCUGCGCUCGGCAAAGGGGUCUCGCCAAAGCGCAUGUGUGUGCGUGUCUGCGUGUGUGAGUCCUUUGCAUGGCCGGGCGUGGCUGCCUUGCUCGGGCAUCAGCAGGACGUCCUGUGAAUAGUUGAACGCUUCCAAACUGGAACUCUACAUUUUGUAUCUUACUUUUAAAGCUCCUAUAAGUAAAAUGACUAUUGGCUUUAUUAAAAAUAUACAUUUAAUAAUA